GUUGUGCUCAUUGUAAGUCUGAAUACGGUUAUUUCAAGGCCGGACGAUGAAUUAUGCCGGGCGUAAGUCGAUUAAACCUCUCAAUCAACUGAAAACUAUUCACAAUGAACACUAUGCAAAACUCCAGGGCAAACAUGCAUUGGAAACUGACUUGUUAGAUGAUCUGAGAAUGUAUUGUAAACAAAGGGCAGUAAUUGAACGUGAAUAUGGUCAGUCAUUGCAAAAGCUUGUAAAUAGCUUCCUGUCUAAAAAAGAAUUUACAUCUUCUAAUUCAACAAGGAAUGAUAUACCAUUAUCAAAUAAACAACCAAAUGUUUGGAAUAUCUGGCAUUCAUUGUUAAGCGAAUCGAACAGUUUGGCAUUAUCUCGUUUACGUGUAUCAGAUAAUCAACAAAGAUUAUCGAAUGAACUCAAACCGUUGAAAUUACAGCGUUUAUCAGUUAAUAAACGUGUGUUUGAACAGUUAAAAAUACUUCAGGGAGAUCUUGCUGCAUGCGUUCAAGAAAUGGUGAAGUCACACAAAGUCUAUGCAGAGGAGGAGAAACAGGCCCAAGAUACUCGAUUAAAAACACUUGCUGCUAGAGAAAAGAUUCAACGUCGAUCUACUGAUAUAUUUCAUUCAAUGGCACAGUUGCACAAAAAUUAUGAUAAGCUUGUAGGUAAAUGCCAAGCUUUUGAUGCACGAUCGGCUACUGCCAAAAAUGAGUAUUUAUUUCAACUGACUGCAAUCAAUGCGCACCUGAAACACUACUUCAGUGAAGACAUGCCAGUAUUAGCAAAGACUCUAGAUGGUGAAUUAUAUGAAAAGUUAAGUGAAGCUUUUACAACUCUUUGUGAAAAUGAGAUUGAGUUUUGUACAAUUACACAAAAGCGGUUUGAUAUUCUUUUCAACGAAGCAUCACAUAUUAAUCGAACCAAUGCCUGGGAAGAUUUUUUGAAGUCAUCACCACUUUUUGAUAAACCUAUCCAAUACCACUUUGAACCGAUAAAAGGAGAUGAAACAACAGCUUUAUGUUCCGCUAAUAUAAAGGAAAGUAAUUUGGAGCAGAUUGCACGUAAACUGUCAAGACGAUUAGUUGUUCAUGAAAGGCGAAUUAAAUCUUAUGAAAAUGAAUUAAAAAUGCUACAAGCUGGUUAUGUGACAUCUCUGUCUGGUUUGGUCACACCUCAUCAACAACUACAGCAGCCACAACAACAACAGAAUAAUUCGGAAAUUGAAAAUAAUGAAGAAUUAUUAGCAUUCAAUCAAGAAUACGUUGAGCAUAAAGUUGAAGAAUUACAAUUCGCUAUACGUCGAGAACAGAUUGAACAUGUGAAAAUUGAAGCAUGUCUGACAUUGCUGCGUAAUUCAUCUAUUGAAGUUAAGGGUUUUAUUAACGAAGCUAGAAUGGCUGCUGAGGCGGCAGCAGCUGCAGCUGCCCAACUCCGUAAUGAUAAUCCGGUUUCUGCUAUGUUGAACAAUUUGACACCAAUUAGACGAUCAAAUUUUCGACCCUCUGGAGAAGGGAGCAGCGAUAGUGCAGCUAGUGGUUCUGGUGUAAACCAAUUUAUUGAUCACGAUUCAAGACUUUUGAGUGAUUGGGAUCAACCUCUUGGGUCUUAUGGUUCUGGAGUUAUAGGACCUGAAUCAGGAUAUUCAUUACAACGAAGUUAUAAUGAGGACGAUGACGAGCCUACUGGUAGAUUUCAUCGAAGUAGGAUCAAUGAUUGGUCAUCUACUUUUCCCAGACCAACAACCCUUGGCCAAGUGAACAAUUCUAGUGAAAAAGAUAUUCACUCUUCUUACAGAUCAUCGUUACAGACACAUGGGAAGACAGCCUUUUCAAACCAUAUCAAUUCAUCUCAUGUUGACAGUGAAAACUAUAUGCAACAUGAUUAUCAAAAUGUAACACAGAUGAAUCCACGGGCUCAUGAUGACAUAGCUGUACACCGAACAAUUAAUAACACCUUUCAUAGGAAUCAAAGUCAUAAAAGUCAAAUCACUACCGAUAAUUUAGCGAAUAACCAAAGAUCACACAUUUAUGUAGCUAGUUCAGAUAAUUUAACAGAUAAUAAAGAUGAUGUCGAUUUUGAAGCUGUUUGGUCUGAAAAUGGUCGGUUACGUCGAGCUGAUGUGGUGCAUGAAUUCAGAGCCAAAAAACCAGGUGAAUUAGAUCUUGUUGUACAUGAAACUGUUGUCCUUCUGGAUGAUGAACACGUAAAUGGGUGGAUAAGAGUGAGAAGUUUAAUUGAUGGGAAUGAAGGUUUGGUUCCUUUCAGCUAUCUGAAACUGUGUAAUUCUCAUUUAUCUACUGAAAAUCCAAAGAUAUCUAAAGAUAGUAGCAAUAAUAGUACUCUGAUGCAACAUAUCAGCGAAAAUCAAACUUCGUCUGAUCCAACUGCCUGUUCCGAACUUUUUGAUCAGAAAUACUCCCAUACAAUAGAUCAACUUGAUUUCGUGAAUACUUCUCUUCCUCCUGAGGUUGAUGCACCUCGACUUUUAUGUACAGAUGAGCUCCUUACAAAUGAACCUACUAAUACUGCAGCUGCUAAACCACCUCUUUCUGGUUCUUUUGUAAAAACAUUAAUUGAUUUUCAUGGAACCAACUCUGAUGAAUUAAGCUUUAAAGCUGGUGCAAUUAUCCGUGUGAUUGGCCGUGCACCAAACAUAAGCGAUGUAACUAAUUUCUUAUCUGAAACAGCUAAAAGAGAUCAAUUUACCUCACUUCCCAGUUCUGGUAUAGAUGAUGGGUGGUGGGAAGGCGAUCUUCUACUACCUGAAUCUACUAAAAAGAAGGAAAUGCCUAAAAUUUAUUCUAAACGAGGUGUUUUCCCAUCUAUGCUUAUACAACCGCUAUCAGUAGAUGAUUCCAAACUAUGGUCUGUUCGGUGGGAUGAUAUAACACCAUUGCCAACAGUUUCCUCAUUUGAAGACAGCCGAAAUUCCAGCCAGAGAAUCCAUAAACAAGACGUUAAUACUGUAAAAUUGAACAAAGAACAAGUGCAUGCAGCUUCAGAUUACAUUUCCACUGAUAUACAGAAUAAUGAAAGAUGUAAUCACAUGGACAAAGAUUACAUCCAGUUGUAUUCGAAAGAACUGUCACCGUCGCAUUCAGUUCAGGCAAACAGUUCAAACUGUACAAGUCAUAAUAUAACAGAAAGUGUAAAACCAUGUGUUGAUGUGAAAAAUCCUUUGUCAAAUAAUCCUAUAACAGGUCGGCAAAUACAUCAUCUCAACCAGUACGUACAUCACCGUCAUCGACAUUGUAAAACUAAUGAGAAGAUUCCGAUAGCUGAGGUGUAAUACCAAACGUAACCAAUCAAUUUAUGGGGAGGAUUUCAAGGGAAAAUUCUGUCUUGGGAAGUCAGUAUUUGCACAUCUUUAAAUAAAAUAUGUAUCAUAUCGAAAAGCACUGUUUUAUUCAAUUUAUUGUUUUAUGGUUUAAAAUUGCAUUAUUCAUCUUUAUGGAUCUUGUUGUUGGAUGUGUCUAUGUUGCAAAUUCAUCUAAGAUCAAUUUCCUUUCUUCUCUUCAAUAAAUGGUGAUAAGUCAUUUGUUUCAUUCCCUUUCUUCACUUCUAACUUCUUUUCUUUUAACAACUAAUUAUCACAACCAAGCCUUAUGCCAUUUCCAAUGAAGUAAAUUAUACUUAAGUGCUACUGUGAAACAAUAUACAGCUUGUUUAAUUUGUAUAUGUACAUUUCGUAAUUACAAUCUGAUUUACUAACAAUAAAUUUCACGUAACAUAAGGUACGUGAGUUAUGUACCAUUUUUACAAGCAUAAUCCAAUUGUCAAAGCAGAGUUAUUUCAAGAAAAGUAUUGAAUGUAAUAUGGCAAUCUGAACUAGAUUCUUUUGAUGGUUAUGCAGUUGAUAAUGAAUGGGCAAAAAUGUUAACUAUGUGUUCAUUUCAUUGUUUACCGACGUUAAUACAAGGUGGGGCGGUUCAUAUGGAAGGUUGACCAUUUCAAUGAGCAAGUCUGCAAGCAGUUAGUUUAAUACAUGCAGAAUUUAUUCACGCCGUAAGAGUCAACAGAAAACAGUAAUCAGUUUAUAAGCUUGGAUUUCCUUCUUAAUGAUAAUUAGUUUCUAACAGUAAUUAGUGUGUAAUGGCCCCAAAAUGUACACUUGUACUUUAGAAAGUUGUGUUUUGUUUUAAUAAUCUUAGUGAAUACAUAUAAUAAGAUGAAGAGAUUUCCGUC